AUGCUGUAAUUUAAAAAGUUGUGAUUUAUGGAAAGUGCCAGGUGAAUAAAUUUUUCAUUAAUAUACUUAAGUGUCGUGAUUUAGCCUUGGAUUGCUGUGAUGGAGAGAUUAAAAAUGGAGAAUGUCAACAAUAUGAUCGAAAGGAAGCAGGAGCAGCGCGAGGGAGACAACGACGAAGCGUUACAGCUCGUCAAGCACGAGGAGCGUGCGGGCAUAGUUGGCGACGCCAGCGCCGGCGGCGACGCGGACGGCUCGCCGGCGCUCGGCGCAGGCGCCGGGGCGGAGGCCGGCGGCGAGCAGCACUCGGUCAUAACGUCGCGGAGGGCCUUGAGAACUAUAACCACGGCGGGCCACAUCACCGACGGCACGGAUUUACACGACGAAGGCGUCAAAGACGAGCCUCCGGAGCAGUCGUCGUUGGAGCACGACCAGAUGCAGUAUUCGACGAAACUGGAAGACGAGAACGGGCGCGCCGUCGCCGCUCACUACGAGGAGGAGAGGAUGCGGUUAGCGGAGGCGGAGACGGCGAGGUACCUGUCGUUCAAGCAGGAGCCGUACCGCGCCCUGCAGUCGCCCGCGCCGGCGCCGCAGGACAAGCGCGGCCAGCCGCAGUACGCCAGGAUCCCCCCGCCGCGGACGACGUACGGGCGCGGGCUGUCGCUGCGCUACGGCGCGCCGCACCACGUGAUAGUCGCUGCGGAGGGGGAGGCGGAGGAGCACGCGCACGAGCUGUUCCUGCAGAAGGACAAGGCGGAGCAGCUGCAGCAGUACAGCGAGGCGCCCGCGCAGGACGCCCGCCAGUACGCGGCCGUGCUGGGCGAGCACGGCGCGGCGUCCGCGCUCGAGAUGAUCCAGACCACGUCCCUGAGCAACCAGCAGUCGGUCGGCGUCGCUUACCAGCAGGUGAAGUACGAGUCGCGCGGCGCGGGCGGCGCGGGCGGCGCGGGCGAGGGCGAGGCGCGGGGCUCGACGUACGCCAGCCUGCAGCCCGUGACGUCGGUGGGCGGCGGCUACGCGUACGCCGGCCAGAGCCCGCAGUACGCGGCGGCCGGCUACGGCGCCUACGGCAAGGAGCAGCUGCUGACGCUGUACGGCGCGGCGCCGCGCGGCGACGACUCGCCGCCCGGCCAGCUGCUGUACCGCAGCGACCCCACGCUGUCGUCGUCGUCGCUCGGCUCGCGCGCCGCGCACGUCGUCUACGGCUCCGUCGUGCCGCAGUCGCAGGCCGUGUACGACGCCCCGCCCAGCCCCAACUCUCAGCAGCAGGUGACGCUGUACACGCACGGCAACACGGUGCAGUACAAGGUGGGCGCGGGCGGCGAGCACUACCUGGCGGCGGGCGGCGGCGUGGAGUACGUGCCGGUGUCGGGCUACGAGGGCGGCCUGCUGGUCGAGAGCUACCCCGCGCAGCCGUGGCCCGCGCACAACCUGCUGCCCAUCGACGACUCCUUCGACCCCAACAUGGCGGGCAUGGGCGAGGUGAAGGAGUGCGUGAACUGCGCGGCGGCCGCCACGCCGCUGUGGCGACGCGACGGCACCGGCCACUACCUGUGCAACGCGUGCGGCCUCUACACGCGCAUCAACGGCGUCAACCGCCCGCCGCUCAAGGGGCAGAAGGCCAAGCCGCAGCAAGCACUGCCCACGAACGGGAACCGGCGCGUGGGCGUGACGUGCGCCAACUGCCGCACCUCCAACACCACGCUGUGGCGCCGCAACAACAACGGCGAGCCCGUCUGCAACGCGUGCGGCCUCUACUACAAGCUGCACAACGUGAACCGGCCGCUAAGCAUGAAGAAGGACGGCAUCCAGACGCGCAAGCGCAAGCCCAAGAGCAUGGGCGGCGGCGGCGGCGCGGGCGGCGCGGGGGCGGGCGGGCGGCCCGGCGCGCUGUCCGCGGAGGCACACAAGGUGCUGCCUCCGCUGUACUCGGCGGUGGAGGGCGCGGCGCCGCUGCUGCUGCUGCCGGCCGCGCGCGCGCACGCCGCCGCCACGUCCGCGCCCGACGCCACGCGUGAGUACCCGCCUCGCCACACUACGCUACUGUGCACCACACCACUAAACAACUGCCCAACACUAUUCUAUUUCUAUCUAUUCUUUACAAUAAUAACUGGAAGUUUUAUGACUUGUCUCUAUGAUCUAAAUAACGCCUUAUCUUAUUCGCGAAUCGCUUCAAACAGUGCUAACAAUAUAACUUGGACAAUGGACAUACAUACUUAACCUUAGAUUUGCGAAACAUCAAACAGAUAAGUAGGAAAGUAAACCAACUUUAAGUAUGUUUCUUGGGCUCAACCUGCAUUGUGUAGCCCGAUACCUACCCCCCCCCCCCCCAUACAUAAUAAAUAUGCAGAUUCCCGUAAUUACAUAAUGUGCCUGCACUCUUAACUAAAAAUGAUUUAGAAACUCUCAAGCAAGUCUACCUAUAGGUAUGCAACCAUUGAUACUAUACCAAGAAACACAACUCGUCUACUGGAUGUUCAACUUGAUUUGUAACUCUUGAGUGUGAGUCCCCGCUGUGCUUCGCUACUCGUGUGUUCCAUUUCCAAGCUGUGUGCGCUGGCUGUGAGUGUGUAGAACGCCUCAAUUGUACCAAUCGCAGUGUUUGCACAUCUGUCGUUAUCUCGGCGCACACACCACAGCGCACCUACCUACGUAUAGGCUUCAUGCCGAGUGUGAUUUGUUAAGUUAUUCGUGACGUUCUGCAGCUUAAACUUAUCACUUAAAAGUCCGUUACAAGUUAGCCAUAAUAUCGUAACGAUUCACGAGGAAAAUUACAACGGUUUACGAUAAGAGCAAAAAGAAUUUUUUGAGUGCCAGGUUUCGAUUACCAGUCCUUGCAUUACCGGCAAAACGUUGCCUGUAGGAUGGUAACUGAUAACUGCUCUAUUUUGAAGCAUUGCAGAGGUUUUUGCCGGCUUUUCUCAGUAGAAACGGCUUUCCGAAUUUGUGGUAGUCUUGACAUAUUAUCAUAAGUAAACAGGCUGCCCUAUAUGAAAUAAAUAAAUUCAUCAAUUUAUUCAUAUUUUCCUGAUAGUGGGUACAAUGCGUAGACAUGCAGCGUAGGUCGAUUAGUAGCUUAGUAGUCGAUUAGGGGUAUUGCUGGUUUAUUACAAACGGCCAAACCCUUCCCAAGUUAGUCCACUUCUUAUUCUUUCAAGGACUACCUUGUAUUAUAGAAAAAAGGAGUAGUUUUUGCUUGAUGUCUAAAACCACUAUUUGUUUAAAUACCUCCUGGAAUAUACCGGGUCCGGUCAUAGCACUGUCCCACGUGUAUAUAACAGUGAAGCUACCAACGAUGCUGAUG